UCAUCCAACCUUUCUCCUUCAAAUUCCAGCUCUUUUUUUUUUCCCAACUCUUCUCACCUAUAAUCUAAAAACCAUAAUAUGAAUCCCUUGAAAGUCAAGGGAGAACAAAACCCAUCAUCACAGUCUCUUCUCGUUUAGAGAAACAGGAAAAAGCAAAAGAGACAGUGGAGAGACACAAGCGAGAUUAAAGAAAAAGCUUCCUUUAUUAUUUUUUUUGUUCUAAUUUAGUUUAGUUUUUUUUCCUCCCAUUGGAGACCUUCACCUCCCACAAUGGCGCAUUUGUUCAGAGACAAAAUUCUUGGAGAAUCAAAGAGAGAGAUGGGAAGCAACAACAAGCUUCCCGCCCCCGAUCUGCCCUCCCCCUUUGGCGAAUUGGGCUGCAGUUUGACUGAUUCCGAGCUCCGAGAGACUGCUUUCGAGAUCUUCGUCGGCGCUUGUCGAUCUUCCGGUGGCAAGCCAUUGACUUUUAUCCCUCAGUCGGAGAGGAGUGAGAGGUCUCCGUCUUCCGUUUCCUCUCUUUCUCAUUCUCCUUCUAGUCUAUCGUCGUCUUCGACCUCGCCUUCUCUGCAGAGAUCAUUGACUUCGACUGCUGCUAGUAAGGUUAAGAAGGCUCUAGGGUUGAGAUCUUCGAAGAAGAGUCCGGGGAAGGAGAGUCCAUCUAAGUCGAAGAAACCCGUCACUGUUGGGGAGCUUAUGAGGGUCCAGAUGAGGGUUUCGGAGCAGAUGGACACCAGAAUUAGGAGGGCUUUGUUGAGAAUUGCUGCUGGGCAACUUGGAAGGCGCAUUGAGUCGAUGGUUCUGCCACUGGAGCUAUUACAGCAGUUCAAGUCUUCAGAUUUUCCAGAUCCACAAGAGUAUGAAGCUUGGCAGACCAGAAACUUGAAAGUUCUUGAGGCUGGACUACUGUUGCAUCCUCAUCUGCCACUAGACAAGUCAGAUGCAUCGGCACAACGACUUCGGCAGAUGAUUCAUGGGGCUUUACAGAGACCCAUGGAAACUGGGAAGAACAAUGAGUCAAUGCAAAUCCUCCGGACUGCUGUAAUGUCUCUUGCUUGCAGAUCAUUUGAUGGUUCUGUUUCUGAAACAUGCCACUGGGCAGACGGUUCUCCAUUGAAUUUCCGACUCUACCAGAUGCUUCUAGAGGCUUGUUUUGACACAAAUGAAGAGACAGCUGUUAUUGAAGAGAUUGAUGAGGUUAUAGAACUUAUAAAGAAGACUUGGGUGAUCCUGGGGAUGAACCAGAUGCUCCAUAAUCUUUGCUUUUCAUGGGUCUUAUUUCACCGCUAUGUUUCAACUGGUCAAAUAGAAAAUGACCUUCUGUUCGCUGCUGAUAAUCAGUUGGCAGAAGUUGCAAAAGAUGCAAAGGCAACAAAGGAUCCUGUGUACUCCAAGAUCUUGAGUUCAAUUUUGAGUUCGAUAUUGGGUUGGGCUGAAAAAAGACUUCUUGCUUACCAUGACACAUUUAAUCAUUCAAAUAUUGAUUCCAUGCAGAGCAUUGUUUCUCUGGGUGUAUCAGCAGCCAAGAUAUUAGUUGAAGAUAUCUCACAUGAGUAUCGAAGGAAAAGGAAAGAAGAAGUUGAUGUGGCUCGCAACAGAAUUGAUACUUACAUAAGAUCAUCACUGCGCACUGCUUUUGCCCAGAGAAUGGAGAAGGCAGACUCAUGUAGGCGGUCAUCAAAAAACAUGCCAAAUGCACUUCCUCUCCUGUCUAUCCUUGCAAAAGAUAUUGGUGAGCUGGCAUCUAAUGAGAAGGCAGUAUUCAGUCCGAUCCUGAAGAGAUGGCAUCCUCUUGCAGCAGGCGUUGCAGUUGCCACCCUACAUGCUUGCUAUGGAAAUGAGCUGAAGCAAUUCAUUUCAGGUAUUUCAGAGCUGACACCUGAUGCUGUUCAAGUGUUGAGAGCAGCAGACAAAUUGGAGAAAGAUCUUGUGCAGAUUGCUGUUGAAGAUUCCGUGGACAGUGACGAUGGUGGCAAGGCAAUAAUCCGUGAGAUGCCUCCUUAUGAGGCUGAAACUGCAAUUGCCAAUCUGGUGAAGGUAUGGAUAAGGACAAGAGUAGACAGCCUGAAGGAAUGGGUUGACAGGAAUUUACAGCAAGAGGUCUGGAACCCAAGGGCAAAUAAAGAGAGAUUUGCUCCAUCUUCCAUUGAAAUCCUACGGAUUAUAGAUGAGAUUUUAGAUGCAUUCUUUCAGCUACCAAUACCAAUGCAUCCUGCAUUGCUUCCUGAUUUAAUGGCUGGCCUUGAUAGAUGUCUUCAGCAUUAUGUAUCCAAAACAAAAUCUGGCUGUGGGACGCGAAACACUUUCAUUCCCACCAUGCCGGCAUUAACCAGAUGUACUACAGGAUCAAAGUUCCAAGGUGUGUGGAAGAAGAAAGAGAAGUCCCAAGGAACUCAGAAGCGGAAGUCUCAGGUUGGCACAAUGAACGGAGACAGCUUUGGAGUACCACAGUUAUGUGUCCGUAUGAAUACUCUGCAGCACAUCAGGACAGAAUUGGAGGUCUUGGAGAAAAGGAUAGUUACUUAUCUGAGAAAUUGUGAAUCUGCACAUGCAGAUGACUUCUCAAAUGGGUUAGGGAAAAAGUUUGAGCUCUCAGAAGCCGCUUGUCAGGAAGGGAUUCACCAACUAUGUGAAGGAACAGCUUGUAAGAUUGUCUUCCAUGAUCUAAGUCAUGUUCUGUGGGAUGGUCUAUAUGUUGGGGAACCAGCAUCCUCAAGGAUUGGAACUCUGCUUCAGGAACUUGAACAGAACUUAGAGAUCAUAGCAGAAACAGUUCAUAACAGGGUCCGCACCCGUGUGAUUACUGAAAUAAUGAAAGCUUCAUUUGAGGGUUUCUUGUUGGUGCUUCUUGCAGGAGGCCCUUCUCGUGCAUUUGCCUUGAGAGAUUUUCAAAUAAUUGAUGAUGAUUUCAAAGCUCUUAAAGAUUUGUUCUGGUCCAAUGGGGAUGGGCUACCAGAUGAUUUGAUAGCUAAAUUUUCAAAAACAGCAGUAGGUAUCCUUCCACUUUUCCGUACUGAAACAGAGAGACUCAUUGAGCGCUUCAAACGUGUGACACUGGAAACAUAUGGCUCUUCUGCCAAAUCCAGGCUCCCGCUACCCCCAACUUCAGGUCAAUGGAGUCCAACUGAGCCAAAUACUCUCUUGCGUGUCUUGUGCUAUCGAAAUGAUGAAGCAGCAACAAAGUUCCUUAAGAAGACCUAUAGCUUACCCAAAAAACUUUGAGGACUUUGAGGUGUGGUGCAGCUGUGCUAUGCAGUUCUGUGUGAAUUGCUUUGGCAGAACGUCUCUAUGGUUUUGUCUGUAUUUACUAUGUUACUCAGACAAGAGGAGAAGUUCAUUAUACUUUACUUUGUCUGGGAGCUGGGAGGGGUUGCUCUAUUCAGGAAGCACAUACUACUCUUGUAUAGUAUAUUUAUUGUGGACUUGUAUUGUUUGGAGCCCCUACUUUUUAUCCACUCUAGCCUACAGUCUGCUUGUGAUUGAGUUAAUGGGAUUAGUGGAUUCGUCAGAUGACAUAAGAGGUUCCAAGAUGAAGGCUUGGUAGUUUUUGAGGUUGGGGGCUCGAGGAGGGUAGAUAUUCAUUAUCAUUCUUUUGGAUCAUCUAAAGCUAGAAUCUACAAGGUUUACUGCUGUCUUAGCCUGAAACUUAGAAGCAUAGAAGCAUUAAUUUAACUUGGUGAGUUUUCUUAUUGUAUUUGUUUUUGUUCCACUUCCCCGUUGUCUUGAACGCAGAAGGCUACUGUCCCUCAAAAGGAAAAUGAUAAGCUAGAUUGCCAGGAAAAACUAAAGAGAGCCGGAAAGGUUUGUUAUUAUUAUUAUUCUGUUGAUUUAAAUAGUAGUAUUGUGUUUGGAUGUCAGUUGUUGGAUACUCACCUGAAGGUUGGACUUUGUUGUUGUGUAAUAUAGAGGAGAGGUGUUUCAUUAAUUAAGUUUUAAUCCGCAAUAUA